AUGACAAGAUGGAACUCCACGUUUGAUGCGAUUCAAAAAGUAUUAUUAUUUAGAGAGAAGCUUACUUUUGUAUUUUUAGAAUUAAAAUUAGCUAAAUUAAAGAAUACAGAAUGGGUAUUUUUGGAAGAGUAUUGUAAAAUAAUGCAACCGUUAACAAUUGCUCUUGAUAAAUUACAGGGAGAAAAACGUAAUUAUUUAGGCUUUGUUGCACCAACCAUUAUUAUUUUGAGACGUUUAUUAAUUGAGUUAUCAUUGUUAACAUAUUGUAGCCCUUUAAAAUAUUGCGUUAUUGCUAGUCUUGAAAAAAAGUUCAGUUAUUUGUUCGACUUGAGUUCUCCAAAAAGUAAAAGUUUUAUCAUAUCAUCUAUGAGCCAUCCAUUAUUUAAAUUUAGUUGGAUUCCACUAAGGUACAUAGAUUUGUGUAAAGAACUUUUCAUAAAUGAAUGCAAAUUAACAAAUUCUGAUGUAUAUGAAAAUCCUAUUUCUGAUAACAGUGAUGAUAGUGAUACUGAAUUUUAUGGGAAUGUUUUUUCAUCACAAAAUAGUUCUUCAAAUGGUGAACUAUCCACCAACGCAGAUUCUGCAAUUACAAAUUCUAACUUGUCUAGUGUUGAAGCAUUAUCUUUUUUGAAUUCAAAAGUUAAAGAACUAAAUAUAUUGGACUCAUUCCCAGUAGUUAAACAAGUAUAUUAUAAAUAA